AGUCCUAUCCCCAUUGCCUUGUGAGAGACAUUUACACACCUACCCCAUCCAAUAAUUCAUGCAUGCCGGGUCCAACACAUAGCUGCCAUUGCAUUUUCAGCACAUAUGUCCAUGCUUUGUAGCUUAAUUAGUAGCUUUAAACAAGCUCACAGCCUAGCCAUGGAGUCUCUUUCGCCCAAACUACUUGCAUCCUUCACCAUACUGAUCAUGGCCACCGCAGCCACACUUGUCUCGGUCACGGCGGCGGUGCCGCCAUCGCUCGAAGGGCAAGCAGGAGCUCUCCUUGCUUGGAAAGCCACCCUCAACAACGAAAGCCAGCAAGCUCUGCAGUCCUGGGCCAACAUGUCAGCGCCUUGCAAUUGGCGCGGCAUCAGGUGCGGUAUGGACAAGGUUCAACAGCAGCCGGUGAUCGUCAACAUCUCCCUGCCAGGGAUGCGGCUGAGAGGGAAGCUGGAGUCUCUCGACUUCUCGGCCUUGAGGACCUUGACAAGCCUUGACCUCUCGCACAACGAGCUUGCCGGGAGCAUUCCUUGGAGCAUCGAGGUCCUUGUCGAGCUCCAUGCUCUGCUCCUGCAAAGCAACCAGAUAAGAGGCUCAAUUCCACCUUCUUUGGCAAACCUCACGAAGCUCCGUAUCUUAGAGCUCUCCAACAAUCAAAUCUCUAGUGAAAUUCCAAGACAAAUAGGAAACAUGAGUAAUCUUGUGACCCUAAACUUGUCGGUCAAUCACUUGACUGGUCCUAUCCCUCCUGAAAUAGGCCACCUAGAGCAACUGUCUAUAUUAGAUUUGUUUGACAAUAACCUUUCUGGUUCAAUCCCAAGCAGUGUAGGUGACCUAACCAAGCUCACUAUCUUGUACCUUGACCAAAACCACCUUUCAGGACAUAUCCCUCCAGAACUAGGUUAUUUGGGGAACCUAGAGGCCUUAGCUCUUAGUAACAACACAAUCACCGGUUCCAUACCAAGAGAUCUAUGUAACUUGACGAAGCUCACCACCUUAUACCUUUGGCGUAGCAAACUUUCUGGACACAUCCCUCCAGAACUAGGUUAUUUGGUCAACCUAGAAGAAUUGUCACUUCAGAAAAACACACUCUUAGGUUCGAUUCCAAACAGUUUGAGGAAUUUGACAAAACUCAGAAUCUUGUACCUUUAUACGAACAAACUUUCUGGAUACAUCCCUCAACAAAUAGGUCAUUUGAUAAACUUAGAGGAAUUGGAUCUGAGUGAAAACAAUCUCUCAGGCUCCAUCCCUAAUAGUUUAGGGGAUUUGAAAAAACUCAUUGUCUUGAACCUUUUCAAGAACCAAAUUUCUGGAAAAGUCCCUCAAGAAAUUGGCAACUUAAUUAAUCUGGUUAAUCUCGACAUGAGUUCUAACAAUCUCUUUGGCCCUUUGCCAUCGGGUCUUUGUGCCGGAGGCCAACUACAAAGGUUCGUCGCCAUGAAAAAUAAUUUGGUUGGACCCUUGCCGACAAGCUUGCUAAUCUGCAAAAGCCUAGUCAGAGUUCGUCUUGAACAAAAUCAGCUUGAAGGAGACAUCUCCAAGAUGGGAAGUUAUCCAAAUAUUGUCUAUAUCGAUAUCAGUUCAAAUAAACUAUAUGGACAAUUAUCUCAUCGCUGGGGUGAGUGCUACAAACUUACGAUGCUACGUGCCUCAAACAACAAUAUCAAUGGGGCCAUACCACCAAGCAUAGGCCGACUAUCUCGCCUAAGGGUAUUUGAUGUUUCAUCAAAUAAACUUGAUGGAGAAAUUCCACCGGAAAUUGGCAAUCUAUUGGCUUUAUUCAAUCUAAGCCUUGGUAACAACUUCCUUUGGGGCACUAUACCACAUGAAGUUGGAUUUCUUACCAAUUUGGAGUAUUUGGAUUUAUCAUCAAACAACCUAAGUGGGUCGAUACAAGGGUCAAUUGAACAUUGUUGCAAGCUUCGCUUUCUGAAGUUGAGCCAUAAUCGCCUCAAUGGUAGCAUUCCUAUCGAACUAGGGAUGUUGGGAAACCUACAAGCUUUGUUGGAUCUAAGUGAUAAUUCAUUCAAAGACAAGAUACCGAGCCAGCUGGGUAGUCUCAGAAUGCUUGAAGCGUUGAAUCUUUCAAAAAAUGCAUUGAAUGGCAGCAUUCCAUCAUCAUUUCUUAGUCUCGUCAGCCUCUUAUCCAUUGAUAUGUCAUACAACCAAUUGGAAGGGUCUGUGCCACAAAAUAGGUUCUUUGAAGAAGCUCCAAUUGAAUGGUUCUUGCACAAUAGCAAACUAUGUGGUGUCGUGAAAGGUUUACCCGCUUGUCAAAUUACUCAAAGUCAUGGACAAGAUAAGAAGAGCAAACUUUUUUUACUAGCAAUAAUUCCUUCUGUCAUAUUUAUUAUUCUCAUCACGGCAAUAGUAAGAAUAUUGCAAUGUAAGAGGAAGAAAUCUAAUGAAAGAAGUCAGAUUGAACUGCAACAAACAAAUUUAUUCGCAAUUUGGAACUUUGACGGAGAAGAUGUGUAUGAGAAAAUUAUGGAUGCCACAGAAAAUUUCAGUGACACCCACUGCAUUGGAAUUGGAGGUAAUGGAUCAGUAUAUAGAGCUCAGUUACCAACAGGGGAGAUAUUUGCAGUAAAGAAGAUUCAUGCGAUUGAAGAUUCUGAGACAUUUAAUCGUGAAAUAGAUGCAUUGCUGCAUAUUCGACAUUGCAACAUUGCAAAGUUAUUCGGCUAUUGUUCUGCUCCUCGGGGGAGAUUUCUUGUUUAUGAAUACAUGGAUAGAGGAAGCUUAGCAUCAUAUUUGAAGAGUGAGGUAACCGCAAUUGAAUUGGAUUGGGCGAGGAGAUUGAAUAUUGUUAGGGAUGUCGCUCAUGCUUUGUCCUACAUGCAUCAUGAUUGCUUUGCGCCGAUAGUCCAUAGAGAUAUAACAAGCAAUAACAUUUUGCUUGAUCUGAAAUUCAGGGCGUGCAUCUCUGAUUUUGGCAUAGCCAAAAUACUAGAUGUGAAUGCUGCAAACUGCACAAAGCUUGCAGGGACAAAAGGAUAUCUUGCCCCAGAGCUUGCAUACACGACAAGGGUGACCGAGAAGUGUGACGUUUAUAGCUUUGGAGUACUUGUUCUCGAGUUGUUUAUGGGACAUCAUCCGGGUGAUUUUCUAUUGUCCAUGGCCACAGAAAGUACGUCACUCGAGGAUUUGUUGGACACCCGGCUCCAACUUCCUGAAGUUGGUUUGGCAAGUGAAAUAUUCAAAGUGAUCAUGAUUGCUAUUCGGUGUAUAGAACCUAAUCCAUCACACCGUCCGACGAUGCAACAUGUAAUCAACAUGUCCUCUACAACUGAAGGACCUGAUACUACUCUUGAUUAUCUGCACACUGGCAUUGUCACCUCUGUCUGCUGGUUGUGAAUGUUACUCUCUUUUUUUUAAAUGAAGUUUUUAUUGAUCUCAAUGCUAUAUCAAUUGAAUGUUCUUUUAGCACAUUGUUGUUUCUUCCUUACGAUUGGAGACAGUUUGUAAUACAUUAUGUCUUCUGCAUUACCCUCAUACCCUGUACUACCAUUUGUAGCUAUUGGCUACAUAUAAAUAUUUGUAUAACAGAGCUCCAGCUAUUUCUUCAACAGAUUAAUAAAUAUUCCACUUGCAUCCUC